UUUUUUCAUAAUCAUGGUGCCGUUCAUGCCUUUAACCUUCCAUGACACACAUUUUUUUUAUUUAUCCCACAAUAAAUAACAAAUAAUUGUUUUGAUCAUUUUAUCCUAAAUCCUGCAUUUACUAGAAUCGUGUACUAAACAUUUUAUUUAAGCUCCACAGCAUCGUGUAUGAGUAUCAGCUGGCUGACAGUUGUAGUAAUGGGUUUCAUGAAAAGUGCCAUGUGGGGCCUAAUCCUAUGGCAGGUGCAAUACCUUCUUGGUUUUGCUUGUUUAAAGUAAUUGAACAAACACCUAGGCAGGGCUGUGAUCCAGCUGAGAACGUUUUAUAGCCACAUGCACCCCUACAUCCACCCAGGCUUCUAAGCGAUGAAUUUUCAAUCCCCGGAGCAAGUUCUUGCGGCGGAGCAGCUCCCAUGAGUUGAACGGCGCUCGGAAACGUGUGCAGAAGCCCAGCGUCCUGCCCCCUCACCGCAGCUAUCAUGAUACAAUUCCAUACAGCGCGGCACCUGCUAACUCCCCAAAUGCACGAAAUGGGUAAACCGGCUGCGUCCCGGCGGAAGGCUUGUCAGCUGGGUCCUAUGCACAUGGUGGAGCAGCUGCGCCCUUUCCCCCCGUGGAGUGGCGCUGCAGGACGCAGUCCGUAGCCGGGUGUGAGCUAAGCAAGCUCGGGCGGCUGUGCACGAUGCACUGUACCGUAGUGGAGUACAGCGGCGGCAAGGAGGGUUACCCGUGUGGCUACUGCGCCUCUGCCCAGGGGAAAGUCUCCAUUGGCAUGUGGGCGCAUUCAAUGACGGUUCAAGAUUACCAGGAUCUUAUCGACAGAGGAUGGCGAAGAAGUGGGAAGUAUGUCUACAAGCCCAUUAUGAAUCAAACAUGUUGUCCUCAGUAUACAAUAAGAUGUCAACCUUUACAUUUUCAACCUUCCAAAUCUCACAAGAAAGUUCUGAAGAAAAUGUUGAAAUUUCUUGCUAAAGGGGAUUCUUCCAAAGUGGCUGGUGAUGAAGAACCUAUGGAUUCCCACAGAGAGGAUGCUGUUGCUUGCAGUUUUGUAUUAAAAAAUGAAUCUGACAUCAGUCAAUCUGAAUUGAAACCCCUGAGUGUGGAGGAGACGGAGAGGGUGGAGAUUGAAGAUAAUAACGAAGAGGAGGAAAUGAAAAAAGAAGUAACUGUGAAAAAAGUGGAAUCAGAGCCUCCCCAGACAUGUGUAGAUAAAGACAGUGCAGGAUCUAGUGAACGAUCAGAUUCAGCUAAACUUGUUCAUGCAACACCCAAACCAGGAAAAGGGGCUGAUUUGAGCAAGCCGCCCUGUCGAAAAGCUAAGGACAUUCGGAAGGAAAGAAAAUUGCACAAGCUUCUUCAGAACCAGACACACACACUUGAAGGCACUCCAAGUCAAGUGGAGCCUCAGGUUUUACUCUCUCAAAACUCUAAAUCUAAAGCGAACCAACCUAAGUCCAUUGAAGACUUGAUUUUUGUCUCCUUACCUGAUGAUGCCACACAUCAGUUAGAGGUGAGGUUAGUACCUGUCUCCUUUGAAGACCCACAGUUCAAUUCAUCCUUCAGCCAGUCAGCUACUUUAUUUGCCAAGUAUCAGAUGGCUAUACACAAGGAUACACCUUCUGAAUGUGGCGAGUCUGAGUUCACAAGAUUCCUCUGCGAUUCUCCACUUGAGGCAGAGAAUCCUCCCAGUGGUCCCGAUUGUGGUUAUGGUUCUUUUCACCAGCAGUAUUGGCUAGAUGGGAAGAUAAUUGCUGUGGGUGUAAUUGAUAUUCUUCCAUACUGUGUGUCCUCUGUGUACCUGUACUAUGAUCCUGACUAUACUUUCCUAUCUUUGGGAGUCUACUCUGCAUUAAGGGAAAUUGCUUUCACUAGGCAACUCCAUGAAAAAGCUUCUGAGCUGUGCUAUUACUAUAUGGGUUUCUACAUUCAUUCAUGUCCUAAAAUGAGAUAUAAGGGUCAGUAUAGGCCAUCUGACUUAUUGUGUCCAGAGACAUAUGUCUGGGUACCCAUUGAGCAAUGCCUACCUACACUUGAGCACUCUAAAUAUUGUCGCUUCAACCAGGACUUAAAAGCAGUUGAUGAAGGUUGUAUUAAAGAGCUGGGCCGAGUUCGGGUUCUUCACAAGAGAAUUGUAAUGCCUUACAGCAUGUAUAAGAAAAGACGGAAGGGGCCAAGUGAUGAAGCCAGCGUUCAGCAGUAUGCAAGUUUGGUGGGACAGACAUGUUCAGAAAGGAUGUUGUUGUUUAGAAGUUGAAGAGUUAUUAAAUGGCUCUUCUACGCCACUAUAUUUUAUUGCACUGCUGUUGGAUGAUACAUAAUACAGUUCUGUAUGACUAUUAAAAUAGAGCAGUAUAAAAUAUAGGUAUCUGUAAUAGGCUAUUGUGAAUACAUGGUAGUAUACUUACAAGCAAAAUCGGUUAACACUUCAAAUGAUUUACAGCAAGGCUUCAGCAAUAUGUAGAGUGUCUUAGCUAAACUUGCUUGCAGGAAUUUUUUAAAAUUAGGUACUUUUGGCCUUUCUUUGCAUUCUGAAUACCUUAAAGUACCCAAGUGAACUGAAUACCAAAUUAUUAUUUUUUUCUGUAGAGGCAAAGGUUAACCGUAACUCUCCCCCGGAUGAACAAUACAUCUAUUAGAAAAUCUCUCAUAUGGCUCCCUGGAAAUCUGUGAUAAAAAUUGUGGAAGUUGUAGUGAAAUGUAUAUAACUCUUAGGUUUGUACAUGAACUAUUGCAAGAGACUUGAAGUGUGCAGUUACUUAAUACAGAAUGCUGCACUAUUAUAUCAUACAGUUUAUUACCAUGUAAUGUAAAUAUAUACAGGGGGCUCAUAAUUUCACUGGAACCAUUUUAUGUUAUUUUUAAAUAAUGUGUAUUACAGUGACGGAGAUCACACUGAACUUGGAAAUUAGAUUGAUUUCUCAAUGAAAAGGGUGAUAAAGUUUUGGAAAGCUUUCCCCUUUAGAGAGAAAACUGAGAGUAGUUCCGUUAUAAAAUUACCAAAGAGAUACAGCUAAGUGGUAUAGUGGGUAAAUAUGCUAGCCUUAUACUUUUGCUGAAAAGGGUUCAUAUCGGAAUGUGGAUCACGUGUGAAAUGAGUUUGGUAGUUAGCUCAUGCUCAUGUGUACAUAUUACAAAACCAUGCUCAAAAAACACCCAGGCCUUGACGUGAAGUACCACUGCUAUUCCGCAUUGAGGUUCAUUUGAAGAAUUGUGUGGGG